CAGGUCUGGCAGCGUCAAAAACCACUGGCAUGAAAUUUUCUCCUUUGUGGAAAGUCUUACGGAAAAAUUUACAAGUCCCAUGCUGAGGAUGUCAUUCAUUGUUUUCUCCUCUCGAGCAACAACUAUUAUGAAAUUAACAGAGAAAAGAGAACUGAUCCGCCAAGGCUUGCAGAUUCUUCGAUCCGAGGUGCCUGGAGGUGAUACAUUUAUGCAUGAAGGGUUUAAAAGGGCAAAUGAACAGAUCUAUCACGAGAACAGUGGUGGUGCACGGGCAGCCAGUGUCAUAAUAGCCCUAACUGAUGGGGAACUUCAGCAAAGUCAAUUCUACUAUGCAGAAAAAGAGGCUGAAAGAGCGCGCAGCUUGGGUGCUAUUGUUUAUUGUGUUGGAGUGAAAGACUUUAAUGAAACUCAACUUGCAACAAUUGCAGACAGCAUAGAUCACGUGUUCCCAGUGGUG